GCAGGUCUAGGUGCUUUAAAUUCAUCUGAACUAAUAAUUGACUCUAAACUCAUGAGUAAGAUCAUUUAUUAACCGUUUCUUAAGGUUGUUAUUGUGACCAUUGGUCGAGUUAAUAAUGAUAAUUACAGUUAAUUAAUUUCUAAUUAUUGGUGUGUGAUUCAAAGACUUUAAGACGUUUUCGACAAAUUCGCAUGAAAUACAACUAAAUCCGUCUAAAACUUGAUCAAGACUAACCCGAUUGUCUUUAACCCAAGAUAAGAUAAGGAAAUCUUGUUUUCAUUCCAGUUUGGCGCCAAAAUGUUGACCACUUUCGAAACAAUCAAAAAAAAUUUCAAAAUCAAGCCACAGGCUUACCACAUUGAUAACUUGAUUUUCCGAAUGCACUACAGAGUGACCACUUUAAUUUUCUUGGUGGCUACACUUCUAGUGACCUCAAGACAAUAUAUAGGGGAACAUAUAAAGUGUAUCAGUGAUAAAGGGGUCCCCGAACAUGUUAUGAACACAUUUUGUUUUUUUACCACGACUUUUACUGUGAUCAAUCAUUAUGAUGAUAAAAUGGUAAGGGAUGGGCAUGUGGCGCACCCUGGGGUGGGUUCGUAUGGGUUCAAUUCAACGGCACCCAUCCAGAGACAUGCGUAUUACCAAUGGGUGCCCUUUGUGCUGUUUGGGCAAGCGAUUAUGUUUCAUUUGACCCAUUUGAUUUGGAAGAAAUUUGAAGGGGGACGCAUUCGAAGACUGAUCGAAGGGCUCCAACUCGGGGCUUUCGCCCUUCUAGAAAAAGAAGUCUCAGUCGAUAAUAAAAAAAUUCCUUCGAAGGAAAAAAAGGCCGAAUUUAUGGCCACGAUUCGUAAAGCAUUCAUCGACCGAAUUUACUUCAACAAAUCCUGGUCUCGAUGGUUAGUUUUCUGCGAAAUUCUCAACGUUGCCAAUGUUAUUUUACAAGUCUACAUCUCGGAUGUGUUUCUAAGUCAUCAAUUUUUGACUCUUGGGACCGAUGUUAUAGAAGAUGGAGACGAAACAGUCACAACUCUCGACGAAGUCUUCCCAAAGGUAACGAAGUGUACAUUCCACAAAUUUGGCCCUUCCGGCACCAUCCAACUCCAUGACGCCAUGUGUGUCAUGGCUCUCAACAUAAUCAAUGAAAAAAUCUACAUUUUCCUCUGGUUCUGGUUCAUCAUCCUCUUCAUCUUAUCCUGCCUUGGAGUGUUUUGGCGCUUCAUGACAAUUUUGCUUCAUUCAAGAAGUCGCGGAUUUAAUCGUCUAGCUUUCGCCACCUCCUGCCCUGGAAAACUCGACCCAUGGCAGAUGCUCACAGUGACCCAAAAAUGCGACUUCACCGAUUGGCUCUUUCUUAAAUAUUUGGCUAAAAAUAUGGACGCUUUGGUGUUUAGAGAGCUGUUUUUGGGACUUGCGGAGGAUCUUGAAGAGACUAAAAAACCGUUGAUUUAUUUGGAUAGUGACGAAGAGGCUGCAACGCUCAAAAAACCGCGAAAAUUUGACUGAAUUUUUUACUUGUUGAAUAAAAUUUGCUAAAUGUG